AUGUCCGUCUUCAACAGCUCAUCCUUAUAUCCUCGUUUCCUUCUGACAGGCUUUUCUGGCCUUGAAAGCAAAUAUGGCUUGAUUUCUCUUCCUAUCUUCAUAAUUUACAUCACAUCAAUUGCAGGAAAUAUUACAGUCCUCUUUAUAAUCAGAACAGAGCCCUCCCUCCACCAGCCAAUGUAUUACUUUCUAUCAAUGUUGGCCCUUACUGACCUGGGCCUAUCCACUACGACUUUGCCUACAAUGGUCAGUGUCUUCUGGUUCCAUGUCCGGGAGAUCUCUUUUAAUACUUGUCUGGUCCAAAUGUACUUUAUCCAUGUUUUCUCAAUUAUUGAGUCAGCUGUGCUGUUAGCUAUGGCGUUUGAUCGCUUUGUAGCAAUCAGAGAGCCUCUACGCUAUGCAACUAUUCUAACUAAUGGUGUGAUCAUUGGCAUUGGUUUGGCUAUUGCUGGAAGAGCUUUGGCACUGGUCUUCCCAGCUUCCUUCCUCCUAAAGAGACUUCAAUAUCGUCCUAUAAAUAUACUUUCCUACCCCUUCUGUCUACAUCAAGAUCUCAUAAAGACAACUGUUUCCAACCGCAGGGUCAGCAGCAUUUAUGGACUCAUGGUGGUUAUCUUCUCAAUGGGACUUGAUUCAGUUCUCCUCCUUCUUUCUUAUAUUCUCAUCCUUGCCACAGUGUUGAGCAUAGCAUCCAAGUCAGAGAGAGUAAGAGCGCUUAAUACUUGUAUUUCCCACAUUUGUGCUGUACUCACCUUCUAUACACCAAUGAUUGGUUUAUCUAUGAUACGUAGAUAUGGACAAAAUGCUUCCCCUAUUGUGCAUGUGCUCAUGGCCAAUGUCUACUUGCUAGUUCCACCCUUCAUGAACCCCAUUGUCUAUAGUGUUAAAACUAAGCAGAUACGUGAUAGAAUUCUCAAGAAAUUCAAGCAGCAAAAACUUUAA